AUGGUUUGAUAGAUAAGCGCAGAAGGUUGGCGGUCUUCUAUAAGAUCCCUCCGGACCCCUGCUGUAAUCUGAUCUCCAUAGAGGAGUUGAGGGGGCUGAGAAAGGGAGAGCGAGGAUGAAGAUUUUCCAUGUCCCUUGCCUCGAAGACAACUACGCCUACUUAAUCGUGGAUGAGAGCACGAAGGAGGCGGCCGCCGUCGAUCCCGUCGAGCCAGAGAAGAUAAUCCGCAAGGCGAGCGAAAUCGGCGCCGACCUCAAGCUCGUUCUCACAACACACCAUCAUUGGGAUCAUGCUGGUGGGAAUGAGAGGAUCAAGGAUUUGGUGCCUGGAAUCAAAGUUUUCGGUGGUUCACUUGAUAGCGUCAAAGGAUGCACCAACAAAGUGGAUAACGGGGAUAAGGUUACUCUGGGCUCAGAUGUCAAUAUAUUGUGUCUUCACACUCCCUGCCAUACAAAAGGUCAUAUAAGUUAUUAUGUCACGAGUAAAGAAGAAGAAGAUCCUGCUGUUUUUACUGGAGACACAUUGUUUAUUGCUGGUUGUGGAAAGUUCUUUGAAGGAACUGCUGAAGAUAUGUACCAAUCAUUAUCUGUGACAUUAGGUUCAUUGCCAAAACCUACUAGAGUAUUUUGUGGGCAUGAGUACACAGAGAAGAACUUGAGGUUUGCAUUAACUGUGGAGCCAGAUAAUAAGGAAAUAUCUCAGAAGCUUCAAUGGUCUCAGCAGCAAAGAAAAGCAAAUUUCCCAACAAUCCCCUCGACCAUUGGAGAGGAGUUUGAAACUAAUCCGUUCAUGCGUGUUGAUUUACCCCAACUACAGGCCAAAGUAGGCUGUCAAUCUGCAGUUGAAGCUCUGAGGGAACUCAGAAGGCUGAAGGAUAACUGGAGAGGUUGAAUGGAAUCAGAAUCUCUAUCAGGUUAGUCCUAUCAAUGUGGCAUCGAUGCAUUAACCUAAACCCUAGCUGUGUCUUGUCUCUAAAAUAAGUAAUAUUAGACAUAAUCACAUGCUUUUGCACUUUCAACCCUACAGAUGUUGGUAUAAGAACGAGAAAUAAAUUAUGCUGCUUUUCCUAUUUAGAAUUACAAUGGAGUGAAUGAUGAUAAUGACAGCACAAAUUGAGCUACGCGGCUUAUAGCUUUUGGAGCUUUUGCAUCUAUUCUA